AUGAUUACACCACGAUUCGAGGUGUCACAAGACGAUGAAUUUGUUAUCAUCAAAGUGCGAAUAUCUAACACCAGGUUCUCCGCUAAGGCUGUGGAGAUGAUUGCCGACGACGACAAGUUUAUCUUCUCCCUCGCUCCAUACUAUCUUCGGCUCCGCUUUUCUGGUAGCAUAGUCGACGAUGAGCGCGCCAAAGCAGAAUUUGUCCCAAAGGAAGAAAGCAUCCUAAUCCGCAUGCCAAAAAUGAACAAGGGAGAGGUGUUUUUGGACCUUGAUCUGCCUGCCAAACUUCUUGCAAGAACUGAGAACAGCGAGAGAAAACUUCCCUUGAUAGAGGAAGUAGGCGAGACGAACAAUGUGGAAUCACUAGCCCAGGAGGCUCAGAAUUUUGACUGGGAGGUUGAGCAGGUUGAGCAGCAGCCGGCUCGUCUUGUCCCGCAAUUCUUCUAUGGUUUCAAUAACCAGUACUCGAACAUGAUGGAGGUGUCUCUUUCCAACGGUAAUGACAUCAACGAGCUUUCCAAUCCUGACAAAAUGGACCCUGAUGAGCGCAUCAAUGAACGGUUGAUCAAAGAAAACCUAAAGUUCGACCCAGAGUACUAUGCGAAUGAGUAUUUGACCCAAAAGUAUUUUCCGCAGGACUCUAACAUCAAACAAAUUCUCUGCUGGGAGAAUCCAAUCCGCAUACAGCACAAAAAUCGCAGCGAGACAGAAUUUACUACGGAAGAACACGAGCGGAUGAUGGAUCUGCCCCGAAAGUCUUACCUGGUGGAUAACGUGCGGCCUCUUUACUACACCAUUGUGUGUCUGUUGUAUGGCUAUUUGUACGAGCUCCGGCAAAAUGAGGGCGAGUUGACGGUGGAAAGCGGGUGGACCGUGGGGAAACUGGUGCCGCAGUUGAGCUGUUUGGACUCGCAGCUGAUCCAGUCGAAUAAUAAGACGGAAACAAAUAUGCUUCGUGUGGUUGCUAUCACAAUGGCCAGACGCAGUCUGUGCUACCCAUUAGUUCGCAAUUUCGAGAUGGUGACGACUGUUUGGGACGAUGUUUACUGUACACUAAGGUGUGGCAGCAGAGCGGUGUUGAAAGCCCUGCUUGCGUGUCGCGAAUUGUUCAGAUUCCACGAUAUCUAUUACAUAUACUGCAAUAUCUGGCUAAAUGACCUGUGUGCCUGGACAAUGAACAAUGCCAGCGACACGGUGCUGAGAAACCUGGGCCAUGAGUUACGCAAAACAGUGGCCGAGAUAAAGAAGCGCGAGAUUGUCUUUGAGAAAAUCCUGGCCGACGACUCGGAGGAGCUGGAAUUUGUGAAUCUCACAGAUAUUGAGGAGCUGGCUGAGAUCUCGUACAGCGAGUCGAUCGCGGCUUCUAGUUAA